CACAGAGGACUAUCCAUCAGCACGAUGCCAAGCAAACCCGCACCCAUGAAGAAGUCCCCGGCUAAGAAGGCGGCCGAAAAGGCACCUGAGCCCGCCCCGGAGCCUGCCCCGGCCCCCGCAGAGGCUCCACCUGUGGACGCUGCCCCGGCUGAAGCUGCUCCGGCAGCCGAGGGAGAGGCAGCAGCCCCCGCCGCAGAGACCCCCGCUGCUGAAGGAGGCGCUCCAGCUACUGAAGAAGGUGCCAUUGCUGCUGAUGCUCCCGCUGCAGACGCUCCUGCUGCAGAUGUUAAAGCUGCAGAUGUUCCAGCUGCAGAUGCUACCGCUGUAGAUUCUCUUGCUGCAGAUUCCCCUGCUGCAGAUUCUCUUGCUGCAGAUUCUCUUGCUGCAGAUGCUCCUGCUGCAGAUGCUACCACAGAUGCCGCUCCAGCUGAAGUCGCUGUAGUUGUGGAGGCCCCGACACCCCCGUCUCCUGCAGUCCCCACCAGUGCUCCUCUUAACGUAUCUGUGGAAGAUGUGAACGAAACCAACCUCACCAUUAAAUGGAACGAGCCACAGACCAUCGGAGACUCUGGCCUGGACGGAUACACCAUCGAGUACUGCAAGGAUGGAACAACAGACUGGGUUGUAGCUCAGAAGGAGUUGACCGUCGCUAACAGCCUCUGCAUCCAUAACCUGACAACGGGUGACCUGCUGCAUGUGCGCGUGGUUGCUGUCAACCCCGCCGGCCGCAGUGAACCUGGGACACUCGCUCAGCCAGUGCCCAUCCAUGAGAUUGGUGAACGUCCCAAGGUCCGCAUGCCACGCGCUCUCAGAGCCUGCUGUGUCAGGAAGGUUGGAGAGCAGAUCAACAUGGUCAUCCCCUUUCUUGGAAAGCCCAAACCUGUGGUGUCCUGGCUUAAAGACGGUAAGCCGUUGGACACAAAGAGGGUCAACAUCAGGAACAGUGACAAGGACAGCAUCAUUUUUAUCCGCACGGCAGAGAGGGACGACUCUGGUGUUUACGAGAUGUCGGUCAAAGUGGACAGCUUUGAAGACAGAUCCACCAUCGUCCUUCAGAUUGUGGAGCGGCCCGGCAAUCCUACCAGUGUGAAGCUGGUGGACGCCUGGGGCUUCAACGCAGCACUGGAAUGGACCCCCCCCCAGGACAAUGGCAACACAGAGAUCACGGGAUACACCGUCCAGAAGUCUGACAGGAAGACCGGGGAAUGGUUCUCGGUGCUGGAGCACUACCACAGGCUUACUGUCACCGUAUCAGACCUCAUCAUGGGCAACUCGUACAUCUUCAGAGUGUUCGCUGAGAACCAAGUGGGCAUCAGUGAGAUGAGCGUUGUCACAAAGGGGGUUGCCACAAUCCACAAGACAGCUAUUGCCUACACGCCUCCCGAGUACCUGGAGCACGACUACAGUGAGGCCCCGAAGUUCACCACCCCCCUCAGUAACCGCAGUGCCACGGUGGGAUACACCACCAAGCUGCUGUGCUCCGUCCGUGGAAGCCCCAGGCCUCAGAUCGAGUGGUUGAAAAAUCAGAUGAUCAUCGGUAACGACCCCAAGUAUCGUAAGCUCACUAACGAGGGAAUCUGCUGCCUGGAGAUCCGUAAACCCGGCAACUUUGAUGGCGGCAUAUACACCUGCAGAGCCAUCAACCCCCAGGGAGAGGCCCUCGUCUCCUGCAAGCUGGAGGUCAAGCAAAUUAUUCAGGCAGAGUCUGGCAAGUAGAAGGGGAAAUAAACCAAAACCUCCAGAGUGUGUUUAAAGGACCAGCAGAAGUCCAGGUCUUAUGUGAUUGUUUGAGGAUGUGAUAGAGAGCCGUGGCUGCCUCUGCAGCAGUGUGUACAUACUGAAGAAAGGGACAGAACAACAUACCAACAUCUACAUAUCUAUUUCCACCCCCACCCAUCCCGACUCACCCACUCCUCCCAGUAUUUGGGGAAGACCCACAUUGCACAACCCAUCCCAGUUUGCCAAUUGUUGUAUGUUAUUUAAGUUGGUGACAUGUGUGUAAGGCUAUAUUUAAAACCUUUUGUUCUGCCUGUGUCCAUCUGCUGUUUGUUACAGUAUAUAUUGAUAUACAUUUACAGUGAAUCCUUAGACAUACUACUGCAAUGACUGUAUGGAUGUUUAAUACAAAAAUAAAAUUGUAUUUUACUACAUGUGUGCAUUUCUACCAACAUUUCACACAGUGCUACACUUACUUUUAGGAUGGAUAAAAUGUUGCUAAGCAUUGGAUGUUGGGCUUUCAAGGGGUGUCAAGGUGCCAUUUUGAUUGUGUGGAAAAAUCCGGUUCCUGUGAGGAAUGAUAAGUGUUUUCUUUCUUGCAACAUCUGUGCCAUUACACUAAAGGAAUAAUAGAGGGAGUCCAAAUAUGUUUGAUAUCUCUCAAUCUCUGUACAUUUUAGCCUAUACCAAAUUGAUAAGCAUGCCUUAUUGCCACCAGUGUUAUGUGGUGUUUUUUGUGCAAUAUGGGUAAACUGACCCUUUAAAUU